GUAAAAAAAAAAAGGUUUGAAUCGAACGGUGCACCACCUGAGCCAAUACACAUGAAAUUUAGUAUAAGUCAAUACAGAGUGAUUUUGCAUUGAUCAUUUAGCCUGUCAAUUAAUUAGGUUCAUAUUCGUAAGAAAUAUAGUCCUGACCCCCGUUCAUCCAAUCUGUUUGGUCUUAUUAAUGUCCCGUCCCCAGCAAAAAGUGUCCAUGCAGGUUAUGCUGUUACAGUAUAUCGUCCUUAACAAUGUUGAGACCAAACAUGAGCCCUUGUUUGCAGGCAUUCGGUAAUGCUAAAACACUAAGGAAUGACAACUCCAGUCGGUUUGGAAAAUAUAUGGAUGUGCAGUUUGACUUUAAGGGGGUACCAGUGGGCGGCCACAUCCUGAAUUACUUGCUGGAGAAAUCUCGCGUGGUUCAGCAGAACCACGGAGAAAGGAAUUUUCACAUCUUCUAUCAGCUUCUGGACGGUGGGGGUAAUGAGCUUCUCCAGAUGCUGGGCCUUGAAAGGAACCCUCUGAGCUACCAGUAUCUGGUUAAGGGAAGCUGUUCCAAAGUCAGCUCCAUUAGUGACAAGAAUAAUUGGAAGGUUUUGAUGAAUGCCCUCUCUGUUAUCGGCUUCACUGACGAAGACCAGAAGGUAAGUCGAAUUCAUUCAUCUAUACUACUGUACAUAUUUUAUUCAUCUGGAAAAAAAACAAUCCAAUUUUAAGUGUCUAAACGAGCUGUCAUCAUACUCAAGUGUGCACUGAAAUGUCACUGUCAUUGCACU